UAAAUGUGCUGAGCUGGAGGAGGAACUGAAGAACGUCACCAACAACCUGAAGUCUCUGGAGGCCCAGGCUGAGAAGUACUCUCAAAAGGAGGACAAGUAUGAGGAAGAGAUCAAGAUCCUGACUGACAAGCUGAAAGAGGCUGAGACCAGGGCUGAGUUUGCAGAGAGAUCUGUGGCCAAGCUGGAGAAGACUAUUGAUGAUCUGGAAGAUGAGCUGUAUGCACAGAAACUCAAGUACAAAGCCAUCAGUGAGGAACUGGACCACGCACUCAAUGACAUGACCUCCAUCUAAACAUCCAGAAGCUCCACCAUCCUGUCCUGUCGUGGUUUCAAGACUCUGCACCCAACCCCGUUCCUUUUAUCACAUGUCAUCUCUCUUUCCUCAUUCCUGGUAGCCAUUGUUCAUUGUUUGUUUUCUCUUAAGGAAUGUUGUCCGUCUGAAUUCACUCUUCAUCGUACUUCUGUAUCACCUCUGUUCUGUACCAGAGUAAAACAAGAGAGGGGAGAAAGCUUGAGUUAC